GGUUCUCCUCUGCUUCAACAGCCACUCCUCGUCUCUUUUCCACCACCAUCUUCCUCUGCUCUGUUUCAACUACCAAUUGAAUUACAUACAGAGGAAAAAUAAUGCAGAUAACUGGAGUUAUAAGCGAUGUAUCGGUGGCAGUUCCAUCGUCUGGUGGAGGUUUCUGUCUCAAACAUGUCCACUCUGUCUCUCAUUACUCCUCCGCUUUUUUCUCUUCUUCUCCUCAAUUCUCCAAGAGAUAUCCUUCGUUUUGCAUUCCAAAGCCGGGAAUCGGACUGCCCAAAUGCCGUACGAGAGGCUUGACUGUGAGUGCGUCAGGGAAUUCUAAUGAUAAUUUGGUUCCAAUUGCUCCUGUUCAAUUGGAGUCUCCAGUUGGCCAGCUUCUGGCACAAAUAUUAAAAACGCAUCCUCAUUUACUGCCUGCUGCCAUUGAUCAGCAGCUAGAGAACCUACAGAGUGAUAAAGAGGCCCAGACAGAAGAAACUUCUUUAUCUCAGGAUCUUCUUUACAGGUGA